AUGAGCGACCGAAGAACCGGCCAAAACAAAAAGGAUUCUGGAGAAGAGUACGUUGGCGAAGCUGUUGUGGGCAUCCGGGCGGACGUCAACACGAUCAAGCAGUUGACAUCCUCCUCCGAAGCUGCCAAAGCACACAGAAUGGCAUCUGCGGUCGCAGCCCUCGAGAAAGCUGCGCAGGCGGCAAUGGGAGAUUCUAAAUCUGGUGGAAACCAGAAGAACAACUGA